AUGGACCUAGCAAUCAAAAUUAUUAAUUCCAUUCGAGAAAGGUGUUGCAAACGACAUCUCUUCCAGUUGCGAUUUGAUGAAGGGCAGUCAGAAUUUUUAUUGCGUACCGAUGUAAGGUGUCCCGAGGAGAACAAACAAAGACCUCGUUUUCACAUCCGAAAUUCUACAUGCACUAUUGAACUUGUAGCAGAUGCUAGCUACUUGGUAAACAACCAUGAAAAUGAUGUGAAAGGUGCUCUCAGGGAAAUGUUGAUCAUCAUUUUACAGGCCAAUCGGAUUCUCCGCGAAGUCGAUUUUGAUAACGAUGGAUUCCCGGACAAUUUUUCUUUACAGAUCGGACACGUAGAAGUUCAGAAAGCUUCUAAAACUUCCUCGCUUACGGAUGGUAUCCUGAAUGAAAUGAAUGUAGACAUGGACUCAUUUCGAAAACGACCUCAAGAUUACUGCUUAUCUGUGAUGUUCUACAGUGGGAAAACAUCGACAAAUGUUAUUUCUGUGGCAUAUGGAGGUGGUAUCUGUAAAAGCAACGAAAAUGAAAACGAGCCCUCGAGGAAUGUGGUAAUUUUAAAUACCUUUAACUCCGAAGGCAGAAGACCACUGUUUGCCACCACUUGGGCUACCACCAUGGCUCUCGGACAAAGUAUGGGUAGCAUUGAACGGGAAUGCGAAGUACCCCUUUCCUAUCCUCCGGAGGACGACUGGACACUUUUCUUUUCAGAUUGUCGCAGGCACAACAUGGCAAAUGCACUCGCAUCUCAAGGAUACUGUUUAGAAAUGCUUGAAGGAAGUGAAAUUUACAGUCUGCAGACUCAAAACCCAGUAGAGGAGGUAACUGAGCCUCAACUGUGUGGAAAUGGAAAGGUGGAUCUAGGAGAAGAAUGUGACUGCGGAAGCGCAGACGAUUGUGCUCGAAGAUCAAGCUGUUGUGUUCCUCCAGGUCAAGACGACGAGUGUACUUACGAUCGCAAGCAAGGUUAUGAGUGCGACUGGAGCGACAGCUGCUGCAAUCACGACUGCAAAUUAAUUCCCAGGUCAUGGAAAACAUUCUGCGCUCUUGGAGAUCCCAGCUGCGCCCCAGAGAAUGCCUAUUGUGAUGGUAAGUCCCCGAAAUGCCCUUUUCCGAUCGGGGCUACGAGCAUUACUGAUGGUCAAAGUUGCGGACCCAGUCUUCUGAAAUUCAAUGGCGCUGGAACUUGCAUGAAAGGAUUCUGCAACAGCACCGUCUGUCGCGAUGGCGGAUUGCAAGACUGUACGUGCUCGCAGGAAAGUGCUCACGAAUGUCGUGUAUGCUGUAAGAAGAACAAAAAAGGGGAAACUGAUGAGCUUUGUGUGCCUGCCGAAUAUUUCGGACUAAAACCAAAAAACGGGAAUUAUUUCUAUCGGUAUCCAGGAACUCCAUGCCAAUCGGUUCGCUUUGGUCACUGCAGCAGAAGCGGAACGUGCGUUCAGUACUUGACAGCUGGAGCGGAACUUGCUGCAUUUCAUGAAGUGAAAGUACUUCCGCUGUUAUACGUAGUUUGGAUCAUUGCUUGGAGAACUUUAACUUUUAAAAUUCUUUGAACAUUUUUUGAAAUAUUUCAUUUCUAAAAUUCAGUAACAUUCUUUCAGCUAAGCCAUCUAAAUUAUAGCUGCAGUUCCGUCCCUAACUAUUUUACACGUUUUGUUUGAUUUACACGUAUAUAUUAGUAAAACUUUACUCAAUAUUUGAAAUGCAUUGUGAAGACUUAUUCGCAUCAUACCAUUAUUCGAAGAGAAAUAAAAAUCUGUCGUAAAGAUCUGAAAGAAAUAAAAAUCUUAA